CAGCAUAGUCUAUCCUCUGGUUAUGUAAGCUGUAAACAUAAUUGUGUGACAUAAAAGCCAAGUAACGAGCCUGAAUUUUUCGUUAUCAGCCAAAAGACAAAGAAAUUCCAUACAAUGGCGUCUGCUGCCGGUCUACUCUUCGUGUUGUGUUCUUUUGUGGCGUUGUUUGUGGUGGAGGUGGAGUGUUGGCGACCAGGAAAACCUAUCUCACCGAUAAGACAAGGUGUCAAGGCGCCCUUGCCUUCCGGAUACUCGUACCAAACGUUGUAUUAUGAUCAGCAGAUCGACCACUUUGGAUUUGCAAAUGAGAAAACCUUCAAACAGAAAUAUCUGUUUGCUGAUCAGUUCUGGAACAAGAAGGGACCCAUUUUUUUCUACACAGGAAAUGAAGGAACAAUCGAAUGGUUCUGUAAUAACACAGGCUUUUUGUGGGACAUUGCUCCUCAGUUCAAUGCUUUGCUUGUCUUUGCUGAGCACAGGUAUUAUGGGGAUUCCCUACCAUUUGGGAAAGAAUCCUACCAGAAUUCCUCCACGUUGAACUUUUUAACCUCUGAGCAAGCCUUGGCAGAUUUUGCCACUCUGAUCAGGUACCUAAAGGCGACUGUUCCUCAUGCCGCAGACAAGCCCGUUGUUGCCUUUGGAGGAUCCUAUGGAGGGAUGCUGGCGGCCUGGUUUCGUAUCAAGUACCCCAAUGUUGUUGUCGGGUCUCUAGCUGCAUCAGCCCCCAUCUGGGAGUUUACCGGGAUGAUCCCAUGCAGCUCAUUCUAUGACACGACAUCUCAGACGUGGUAUGAUGCAUCCAAGACAUGUGGAGACAAUCUACAUCGCUCGUAUGAAACAAUCAAGCAGGUUGCCGCGGAAGCUGGUGGUUAUGACUUUAUCACCGACACAUUUAAGCUGUGCACCCCUCUCAAGUCCAAAUAUGACCUUGGCCCCUUCAUGUCGAUGUUGGUGGAGACGUACACUGAUCUUGCCAUGGUCGACUACCCGUACCCGGCAUCCUUUAUGGCAGAACUGCCAGGCUGGCCAGUGGCGGAGGCCUGUAGCUACCUUUCACAGCCCCUGGAAGGAAAAGACCUGCUGCGUGGCCUGUCGCGCGUCACCAACAUGUACUUCAACUACACAGGAACCACUGACUGUGUACACUGGAACGGCAGUGGGGGUACACCCACCCUAGGCUAUGAGGGAUGGGACUAUCAGUCCUGUACGGAAAUGGUGAUGCCGAUGUGCAGUAAUGGUUCCGGAAUCAUCUACAACAUCGACUGGAACUUCCAGCAGGUCAGUGAUGCCUGUUACCGCAGGUACAAGACUCGGCCCCGGGAGAACUGGAUCUCACUGGAGUACUGGGCCAAAGAGCUGAAGGCUGCGUCCAACAUCAUCUUCAGCAAUGGAAUGUACGACCCAUGGUCCAGCGGGGGUGUGCUGCAGUCCAUCUCUGAGACGGUCGUGGCCAUUCAGAUCCCUCGAGGGGCCCAUCACCUGGAUCUGAGAGCCAAGAACCCCAAGGACACUCGAGAGGUCAUUGCUGCUCGUGAACAGGAAAUCAACAUCAUCAAGGGGUGGCUGGGACUUACACCGUAGUAGUUUCCAGGCUUUCGAUGAAUCAUUAAAGUCGUUUUUGUGAUUGAAUGUUUUUACUAAGGCGGGGAAUAGAUAAAAUAAGAACAAAACUUACCUUAGUGAAAUGAUUUUAGUUUUUUUAAACUAUACCCCUUGAGUUUGAUAUGUUCUCUAGUGCUGAUAUGAUCCAACAAAAGAUAACUGUUUGUGGUGUUGCUAAAUUUUGCCUAUCUUUUAAAUGCAAAUGUUAAACUUUGUCUUAAAUAUUGAUGGUAAUAGGAAGUCCUGGUAUAUAAACUUAAAAAAGGGUUUAACAAGGUUAUCUGAUUUUUGUGGGGUUUUAUUGGAGAUUAUUAUGCUUAAGUCUUUCCCUUAUUUUUUUAUAUCUUUAAUUUGUAUGAUGAUGCUAGCAGUUGCUAAAUGUACUUUAGCGAUGCAGUUUGAGUCAUGGGUAGUCUCCUGUGACUGCAGUGGAGUGUUUCAUUGUAUUAGUGUUAAAAUGCUCAAUGUUUCAUCUAUUUGGAUGAAACAAUGUCUUUAUGUUAUUGAGAAACAUAGUUAUAUACAUUCCAUUAACAUGUUCAUGUUUUGUCAAUGAAAGAAUGAUAUGCUGUGCCAUAGGUUUCACUGGUGAUGAUAGAGAAAAACUUCAACCCAUGUGCUGGAUGAAGAGUCUUGGGGAUGCCUAAACUAAAAGAUAUUUUUUUUGAUGACUUCAAUACUUCUUGGAACUCUGUCUGUCAGGCAGAGUGGAAUUUUAAAAAGAUUUUCAGUUUCAUCUCUGUAUUACACUGACUUAUGCAUUGAUAAGUAUUUUUAGUAUGAAAUAUUCUAAACCUUUAGAGAGUUAUGGAGCAUACACAUGGCUUGAAUAUAUUGCUUAUCAGUCCUUCAGAGAUCAGGGCAUGUCUCUUUGAGGGGCUUGUAGAGGGAAGAAUUGCAGUAAAUGACAUCUCAAUAUUGAUGCUUAGAGUUGAAAGUAUUUGAAUGCAUUCUAUCUGUGAAAGUUUCAAGGUUUUUUCUCAACUGAUGUGCCUAUUUUCUCAUUAGUGGAUUAAUAUGGAUUAACGAUAUGCGGUGGUCUUUGCCAAAAAAACUCUUUCCCUUAACUUUCAUUAAGUAAGUGGUUUUUGACUGGUUGACCUGACAUGUCUGAUUUCACAUUACCAAAGCGAGAGUCGAAUGUUUUUUUUUUUUUAUAAUGCUUAAAUUUGUUUAUGUCUCAGUAUCAGUGCUUUGCUGUAGCAGUUUUAAAAUAAUACAUUUUUUGCUAAUGUGCAAUUAUUUCAAGUUUUAUGUUGUAAUUUUUUUGUCGUUGUCUUUGUUUACCUUAGUACUUAAUAGAGACUUAAAUUGUCUUGUGGGGGAAACGAGCUGCUGGUGGAUAUCUGACAUUUUUUUGUUACUUUAAUUACCCGUGUUUUUAAAAAUGUUUUGUUGCUUAUACCUUCCAAAAUAUGGUGCCCUGAAAUAAACAGCAGUUCAAUUCAAA